CGACGUUAAUGUCCGGCAGAGGGAUCCGGGAAGGAAAAUGGACGAUACGCAGCAACAAGAUAUAUGCAGAGUAUGCAGAUCGGAAGGUGCUCCUGACAGACCACUAUAUCAUCCUUGUAUUUGUACAGGAAGUAUCAAGUAUAUUCAUCAAGAAUGUCUUCUUCAGUGGCUAAAAUAUAGUAGAAAAGAAUAUUGUGAACUUUGUAACCACAGAUUUGCAUUUACACCAAUUUAUUCACCAGAUAUGCCAAAACGCCUUCCAGUUAAAGAUAUUAUAAGUGGAUUAUUAUGCAGUUUAGGUACUGCUAUUCGUUAUUGGUUGCAUUAUACUUUAGUUGCAUUUGCCUGGCUAGGAGUUGUUCCUUUGACUGCAUGUCGAAUUUAUCGAUGCUUAUUUACUGGAUCUGUCAGUUCUCUGUUGACUCUACCUCUUGAUAUGUUAUCGUCGGAAAACAUAUUUUCUGACAGUUUUUAUGGAUGUUGUGUUGUGACUUGUACUCUUUGUGCCUUUAUCAGCCUAGUGUGGUUAAGAGAACAAAUAAUGCAUGGAGGUGGACCAGAAUGGUUGGAACAAGAACAGGAGGGCAUUCAGAAUGAACCAGGAAUUCAAGUUCCUGCAGAAAACAAUAAUGCACCGAAUGUAAUGGAUGGUUUGGCAGAUGCCGUUCCUAAUGGGGAAAUUGGUGAAAAUAUAGGAAAUAAUGCAAAUAAUGGUGGCCAAGAUGACAUAAAUUGGAAUCCUAUAGAAUGGGACAGAGCUGCAGAAGAAUUGACUUGGGAAAAACUUCUGGGUUUGGAUGGAUCACUCAUAUUUUUGGAACAUGUGUUUUGGGUCGUGUCUUUAAAUACACUUUUAAUUUUGGUAUUUGCAUUCUGUCCUUAUCACAUUGGGCAUUUUACAAUUGUUGGCAUGAAAUUAAAGGAUUUUGUAAGUAAAUUUCUACAUAAUUAAAAAAAUUUUUAAUACUAG